AUGAAAUCUUCUAAGAUAACAUUCAUUAUUUUAGCAAUUGCACUCAUCGCACUACCCUUGCAUGCAUUCCAAAACUAUUACGAAAAAAGAAAUAAUUGCAAUAAAUUUAAAGAUGUGGUCGUUUUUGGCAAUAGCUUUUCGGAUACUGGGAACGCAUAUAAAUUAACCAAAAAUAAAUAUCCACCAUCCCCACCCUAUUUUCAUGGAAGGUUAAGUAAUGGACCUGUCUGGCCGGAUUAUUUCGUAUCCAUAAUCAAAGCUAAUCUACAUAGUUAUGCUUUUGGUGGUGCUUCAUGCGAUUCCACAUUAGUUCCAUCAUUUGUGGGUCCAAAUAAAAUUCCUGUUCCUGGACUCGUUCAACAAGUAGAUGACUUUAUCUCAAAAGACAUUAAAAAAUUUAAUCUAGAGGAAACAUUGUUUGUGUUCGCUACUAUUUUUCUAGACUAUGACCAAACCUUAGGACAAGGAGAUCCUGCAAAGAUCGUAGCAAGUGUUGGCCAAAGGCUAGAAAAUCUCUACAAAGCAGGUGCUAUGAAUAUCAUGUUCUUUACUUCUAUGCCAACGGGUAUAUUUACCCCAGGUGAACUAGCCAAUUUUUCACCAGAUGUUUUAAAAGCAAUUUCAGAAAAGUCAGCUCUUCAUAAUCAAUACACAGACAGUGCUUUAGCUGCAUUCAAAAAAGAUCAUCCAAAUGUUAAUUUGUUUUUAGUUAAAUUUGAUGAAGUCUUAAGUACUGCUUUUAGUCCUGUAACUUUACAAAAGUUAGGGAUUACUGUUUUUGAUAUUGCUUGUAUACCUGAUAAUGGUUUUGCUGGAAAACAUAGUGUGGUUUGUGAUGAUCCUAAAAAAUAUUUGUAUUUCGAUAAUAACACUGCCAUUAACACUAAAGUUAUUGAGGAAGCUGCAAAAAAAAUUGUUACCUAUUUAACAGUUUAA